AUGAAAGUACAUGCGUUCGUGCGAACCAAGACCUCGGAAGGACCCUUUGGUUUGUCUUUUUCUAAAUAUCUAUACUUCCUGUUCGCUCCUACCCUCAUCUACAGAGACGCCUACCCUCGAACGAACACCAUCAACUGGAAAUUUGUCAUUCAGUGUCUUCUCGAAUGCAUUGCCAGUUUUUUCGCACUGACUUUCUGCGUCGUGAACUGUUUUCCAUCUCCAGAAAGAUGGGCACAAAAGUAUACUGUAUCCGAGAUACUGUACGAGAUCGCAGUCGAUCCAAUAUAUGCAGCAAUGGGUGUGAUGGCUAUGUUCUUGCUGGUUUUACACUCGGUACAAAAUUUGUUUGCCGAGAUUCUCCAGUUCGGAGACCGUUUAUUCUACCUAGAUUGGUGGAACGAAUAUAGUUUGCACGGUUGGUUGGUAAAAUGGAACAAGAUCGUGCAGGAUUGGCUGUAUUAUUACGUUUAUCGUGAUUUCAAGGAACACAUUUGUGACGAUGGUUUUCUGGCAAAAUUGACUGUGUUUUUGGUGUCUUUUGCUGUACACGAAUGGAUUAUAUAUUGUUGUGUUGAAUCAUACGCUGAAAACGAUAAAAUAAACAACGUGUUGUAUAAAGUCCGUAACACAGGUCAAGAAAAGUCGUCGUUAGUAACUCUGUUGCAAACCAACUUAAUUUUUCAGUUUGUCGCCAAAAUGUACAAUAAAACGCACGAAAAGAAAUUUGUUCUUAGAAAUUCGCUACUGACCGACAUCGUCGAAAACCCUCAGACUCGCUACGUUUACAACGUUUACGUUAUCGUUUUCACCUUACUGUGUGUUCAAAACGCGGCCAUUCAAUAUGUGAAGAAAGGAAGCGUCAAAUUAGGAUUGGACACGAUAACAAUCGGGUUCGCUAAAUUCGACAAAGCUGUAUUAGUUUGGUUAUGUUGCUUGGGAUCGACUUGUGGAACUUUCUUCUGUUUCCAAAUUUGGGCCAAGUUCAGGAUUUUUACAAGUAGGGUGCGUAAAAUGUGGGACUGGUUUUGGACAACCUGCUUGCUAUCGUACUAUUUUUACGUUUUAAAACUGACAAGUACUGCAACGGAGUACUUCGGAUUUAAUCCACCGUGUGCAGCUUUAGUAACCCUAGAAUCUGUCCGGCUUUUAAUGAAAGUACACUCGUUCGUACGCAACAAAGCUCCUGCAGUACUACAACCCUUGGAAACUUCUCCUAUUGUAAAAUUUUCCGACUUCUUUUACUUCGUUUUUGCACCUACUCUCAUCUACAGAGACAACUACCCACGAACGAACAAGAUUAACUGGAAAUUUGUCUGCCGAUGUUUCCUUGAGUGCACGAGUGUGUUAUUUACAUACAGCUUUGUUCUAGAAGCCGCCUACCCGUCCCCAGAAAGGCUCGUUCAGAAAUAUACCUUAAGCGAAUUGGUGAUGACCAUUGCAGAAGUCGUACCGUAUGGUGUCUUGGUAAUUUUAGGAAACUUCGUACUGAUUUUACACUCUGUGCAAAAUUUAUUCGCCGAAAUCACUCGUUUCGGGGACAGGUUAUUCUACUCGGACUGGUGGAACGCACACAGUUUCGUCACAUGGUUGGCAAAAUGGAACUUACUCGUACGAGAUUGGUUCUACUACUACGUGUACCGGGAUUUCAAGCAGCACAUCUAUGACAGCACGUCAGUAGCUAUGUUUGGGGUUUUGUUAGUGUCGUCUGUUGCACACGACUACGCUAUGUUCUGUUGUUUUCAUAGAUCAUCUCCUCUUCUAGUGUUGAUUACUCUAUUUGGCUUUUUCUUAUCGUUUUGGUGUAACUUUGGAAAAAAUAUGUUCUCUAACGUGUUCGUCAUGUGCUGUGUUUUCAUCUGGGGGUCUCUUGUUCUCACUCUGUAUGGUUUAGAAUAUUACGCAUUGACAAAAUACCCUUUAACCAAUCCCACAUUUUUCGAAAUUCUUGUCCCCAGAAUUGUGACCUGUGACUGUUUACUUAAAUUUAAUUGA